AUGACUGCCAUAUCUGGAAGGACAACAGAACAUUGGGCUUUGAUUUCUACUUGGAUUGUUGUCUUUGACUCAGGCUGGAUUGGAUGUAUCUGUGCUGAAAUUGCACGUCAGCACCUUCAACUGAUUGAGUUCAGCUGGAAAUUGAUACAAAUGUUAAGAUUGGCAGAGCUUUUAAUCAAAUUUAGCCAUGGAGAGGCUUUUCGAAUCGGCAGAAUUAAGAUCUCUUUAGUCUGGACUGGAUUGGAAGUGGCUGGAUUGGCGAUUGCUGGUCUGGAACUGUACUUCAGUACCUAUUCUCCUUGA